UUUCUGCGGCGCUGCAGCGGCCGAAGCUGACGAAAUAUUUGUCCGUAUUUUUUAGCUUCAAAAAAGCCUGUUUCUUGGACCACACGCAAUAUAUUUUUUUGCAUGGUUGGCAUCCACACUAAAGCAGGAGGCGUGGCUUUGGUGCGUUACAUUAUUUCUGAAUAGCUGCACCCAUGCUUGCUUGUCUGUUUUUCGCGUAUUAUCCGGCAGCUCAACCACAGGUGUUUUGCAUAUGUGCAAUUCGCAAAAUUGCUGGGGUUGUGGGCGAACAAAGCUCCCGUUUUGGAUUUUGUGCCUCGCUCGGAUAUCUCCUCUGCCCCCAAUUAAUUCCAGAUCUCGAUAAAACCUCGAGGCAAAUGCUGAAAAAGUGUGGCUUUUUAUAUUGACACUGCUAUUAUUG